AUGGUGCAGGUACCGAUGACAACGGCGGCUUCGAAUAUUACGAUGCGAGCCUCGCCCGCAAGUGGUACGAACAGCAAUGCGACGUCUACUCGAGGAAAGCCGAGUGGAAAUGGCAACUCGAAUAAUCCCGCCGCCGCGCCGCUGCCUCUAAGCGCGAUGCAUUCCCUUCCUCUAGAUUUAACCAGUGUCGAGAGGAGGGGACAGGCAACAGCUAGUCGAGAGUCGACAAAAAAGAUACGACCCCAUGGGCUGCAAGAGGCGCCAACAUAUAGACCUACGGAGGAGGAAUUCAAAGAUCCAUUCGAAUAUAUGAAGAAGAUUGCUCCGGAGGCGUCAAAAUUUGGUAUCUGCAAGAUUAUCCCUCCCGAUGCGUGGAAACCGGACUUUGCAAUCGACACAGAGCGGUUUCACUUUCGUACACGAAAACAAGAGUUGAACUCGGUUGAAGGCAGCACUCGUGCGAACCUCACAUAUCUCGAUCAACUGGCCAAAUUUCAUAGGCAACAUGGAACCAACCUCAAUCGAUUUCCAAGCGUCGACAAACGGCCUCUCGAUUUAUAUAAACUUAAGAAAGCUGUGGAGACGAGAGGAGGCUUCGAGAAAGUAUGCAGACUCAAGAAGUGGGCGGAGAUUGGGCGAGACUUGGGCUACAGUGGGAAGAUCAUGUCAUCGUUGUCAACGUCACUCAAGAACUCGUACCAGCGAUGGCUUUUCCCCUACGAGGAAUACCUUCGACAGGCAAAGCCUGGCGUACAUCAACAGCUGGAAUUCGAAUACGGAGGUCCUCUGACGCCUUCUCCCGCAAAUUCUCCCAUGAAGAAAUCGCACCAGCAUACGCCGUCAAGCCUCAGAGGCGAGUCUCCAAUCAUGAGAGCUUCGGAUGCGCUCAAUGCUUCUAUGAAAGAUGAGUUCGAGAAGGGCAUGAAGAACAUCCCUAUGCUUGAGUCACCAGCCGCAGCCGCACCAACACCUCCACCACCUCAGCCGCAUCCCGUCUCUUCAGGGUUCACACCCGUCAAUGCUGGCUUCACACCCGUCAACACAACUCAGGCGACAUUCACACCAGUAAGUAUUAACAGGCGGGAGCGAGAAGAACGUAGUUUCACUCCACCAAGACGACCACCAUUCGACAGCCCAAUGUCUUCAGCAAAAAAUACUCCCGAGUACAGGCCUUCAGCUCUUAGCUCGGCUCCUCUUGUGAACGGUUUUACGUCAAAUCCGCUGUUGAAACGACAGCUCAGUCACGAUAGCCUUGACUCACGAUCGCGAAGAGACAGCCAACCUCCAGGGGAUGAUAGUGAAAGUGGCGGACGUCGUAGUAAGCGUCUCAAGAAAGGGAUGCAUUUUAUGCAUUUCCCACCAUCCCGUCUUCGCCUUGUGAUUGGUGAUGGGGAUCUGGCUAAUGCUUGCCCUGCAGAUGCGGUACCGACUGUGGCUGGAUCGCACAUGACCUUAUUCCGACCAACACCCCCAAGGAUCCCAGGAGAGCACCGUUCGUCUGCUCCUGGUGAGAAGUGUGAAAACUGUGGAAUGAAUGACGAUCGGGGAAAUAUUCUGAUCUGCGAGUCGUGCGAUCUCGGUUAUCAUAUGUAUUGUCUUGAUCCUCGAGUCACACAUAAACCGGAUUACGAUUGGCAUUGUCCGAGAUGUCUCGUCGGCGAUGGUCAAUUUGGGUUCGAAGAAGGCGGAAUUUAUUCACUAAAACAAUUCCAAGAAAAGGCAGCAGAUUUCAAGGAAGGUUACUUCCAGAACAAGAUGCCUUUCGACCCUGUCCUAAAUUGCCCUCGCCCCGUUACGGAGGACGAUAUCGAGCGAGAAUUCUGGCGACUUGUGGCCAGCCUGGAAGAAACUGUCGAGGUCGAAUAUGGAGCGGACAUUCAUUCUACAACCCACGGAAGUGGUUUCCCCACGAUCGAGAAGAAUCCCCGUGAUCUAUAUUCGACGGAUCCUUGGAACCUGAACAUCACGCCACUUCAUCCGGAGUCGCUCUUCCGACACAUCAAGUCUGACAUCUCUGGCAUGACUGUUCCUUGGUUGUAUAUUGGAAUGAUCUUCUCGACUUUCUGUUGGCACAACGAGGAUCAUUAUGCAUAUUCAGCCAAUUACCAGCAUUUUGGGUCAACGAAGACGUGGUACGGUAUUCCCGGAGAAGAUGCCGAGAAGUUCGAGAAUGCCAUGCGAGAAGCAAUUCCCGAACUGUUCGAGACUCAACCUGAUCUUCUUUUCCAACUGGUAACCCUUUUGACGCCCGAGCAGUUAAAGAAGGCUGGGGUCAGAGUCUACGCCUUAGAUCAAAGAGCCGGCCAGUUUGUGGUCACAUUCCCCCAGGCGUAUCAUGCCGGCUUCAAUCACGGGUUCAAUUUCAACGAGGCUGUUAACUUCGCGCCCAAUGACUGGGAGCCAUUUGGGGAUGCAGGCGUUGAACGUUUGCAGCAAUUCAGGCGACAGCCCUGCUUCUCGCAUGAUGAGUUACUCUGGACUGCCGCCGAAGGUGCCAGUGCCAAUGGUGUCAUCACAAUCCAAACUGCAAAAUGGCUUGCACCUGCGCUUGAACGUCUUCGAGAUCGCGAAACAGCUCAGCGAAAGGUUUUCCUCGAUAAGCACAAAGAACAUGAAGGUCCAUGUGUCAUUACCGAUGCCAUUGAAGGCGCUGGCCCUCGUUGUCAUAUCGGCUUUGUCAUUGACGAGGAAGAUGUUCCUGAAGAGGAAUAUCAAUGCACCCAUUGCAAGGCGUACGCUUAUCUUUCAAGAUUUAAGUGCACCACUAGUGGUAAGGUCAUGUGUCUACUUCAUGCGGGUAAUUUUGAAUGCUGCCAAAUGCCACAAGAGCAGCGUUACGCUGGAAACAACCAUACUCUUCAUUAUCGUCGCACAGAAGAUGCAAUCGAAGCUAUGUAUGAGAAGGUUGUCGAAAAGGCUCGACUACCAGAACAGUGGGAGGAGAAGGUAGAGGCAAUACUUGAAGAGCAAGCGACACCUCCUCUCAAAGCCCUCAAGUCCCUUCUUAACGAGGGAGAGCGCAUCCCCUACGAGCUAAAGUCACUUCCAAGCUUGAAAGCAUUCGUCGACAGAUGUGUUGAAUGGGUGGAUGAAGCUACUAACUACAUCGUUCGGAAGCAGCAAAACCGUCGCAAGAACGAAAGAGCUUGGAGAAAAGGUAGCAAGGCUGCUGAACUGGAAGAGAGAGACCGUGAAUUUCGAAAGGUUGAAAACAUCAAGAAACUGCUUAAGGAAGCUGAUAAGAUCGGGUUCGAUUGCCCUGAGAUUACCCAGCUGCGCGAACGCGCAGAAGCCAUCGACUCAUUCCGCCACGACGCCAAAAUCGCAAUACAAAAUAUCACGCUACGCCAAACUAAGGAACUCGAAGAAAUGCUUGAGCGAGGGCAGAGUUUUAAUGUCGACAUGCCGGAGAUAGAGAAGCUAGAUUCGAUCGUGAAACAAAUGAAGUGGAACGAUCGCUGUCGCGAGAACCGUGGCCAAUUUCUCAGCCUCAAGGAGACGAUUGAUUUGAUCGAAGAAGGUCUCAAACUCGACAUCCCAGAAUAUAAUGACCACCUGUGUCACUACAUGGAACAAAGAAAUUCCGGCAUUGCGUGGGAAACCAAGGCCAAGGAAUUGGUCAACGCUGAAGUUAUUCACUAUCCCCAACUUGAAUCUCUCUCAGCACAGGCUCAGGCUGCUGCACUCCCAGUCUCUGCGGAAACUCUAGCUCAGGUCGACCAGAUCCUUAACAAGCAACGAGAGGCCCAUCGACAGAUUCUCUCCUUGUACGACCGUAGCAGGACUGAAGAUAUCACCAAGCGACCCAAGUAUGCGGAAGUUCGUGAGACAAUGGAGCAUCUAGCCGAGUUAAACAGCAAACCACAAGGCACUAUAGAUCUUGAAAAGGAACAAAAGCGCCACGAGGAUUGGAUGCGAAAAGGCAAGAAGUUGUUUGGCAAGGCCAAUGCACCGUUGCAUAUCUUGAAGUCACAUAUGGAGUAUGUGCUUGAGCGGAAUCUCGACUGCUUCGACAUCAAUUCGGAUAAGCCGAGACUGCCAGCUGAGCCUGCCUCCCGUGAGCCAAGUCCGUCCGAACAAAAGCUACAUAGCUGGGAGGACCCACGCUUCCGCGAGGUCUUCUGUAUCUGUCGUAGGAUUGAAGCUGGUAUGAUGAUUGAAUGUGAGCUUUGUCACGAAUGGUACCACGGCAAAUGUUUAAAGAUCGCUCGAGGCAAGGUCAAAGAUGAUGAAAAGUAUACUUGUCCUGUAUGCGACUGGCGAGUUCGAAUUCCACGUGAUGCCGCUCGUCCUAAGCUGGAAGAUCUUCAAUCAUGGCAGGAUGAAAUCCCAAACCUCCCAUUUCAGCCCGACGAAGAAGAGAUCCUUUCGAAGAUUGUCGACAACGCCCAAGAGUUUCGCUCCCAUGUUGCUCCUUUCUGCAACCCUGUGAUGGCCACUGCCGACGAAUCAGAAACUCAACGAUUUUACCUCCGCAAGAUUGAGGGUGCCGAAAUCCUCUUAGCCUAUGAGACCAAUUUCUUCCGACAAGAACUCCACAAAUGGUCACCAGUAGCGCCCGAGCCUCCGCCUGUUCUCGACUCAUCGAAGUCUACCAGGAAGCCACGUCCUACAAAGCUACAAAAGCUAAUGGCGCAACACGGAGUUGAUGAUCCAGAGCAGCUCCCUCAAAACGUCCGAAUCAAACCCCACCAAGUAAAGCGCAAAUCCAGCGAACCCUCAUCAUCUACCCGCCCUCAAGCACUCCAACCCGCACCUGGCCGCUCCGACUCCGGUACGCCCACCUCGCAUACCUUCCCCUCUCACACAAUGGGUGGCCCAACCCUUGUCAGCAGCGACCAUGGGCACGGUCACCCUUCGCACUUUGGUGGAUUCGCCUCGGUCCAAGACCCGCACCUUAGCAUGUCGCCAUCCAGCCAAACGUCGCCCGCCUUUGCACCACACGCUUUCUUACACGGCUCCCCUGGUUUUAGCUCAGGCAGUCCGCGCGCUGCUAUGUUUGGUGAUUCCGCGGGGUUUGGACGCAUGGAUGAGGUUGCCACACUUGGGAAUGAGGAACGUAUGUUUGAGGAAAUGACGAAUCAGGACGAUGCUUUGGACAAGGCGAAGAAGAUUGAGAGACCGGGUACGGGAGGUGGGACUGGUGGAGCUUGGGAUGCUGGCGAUGAGGACAUGGAGUUGUUUUUUGAUGGACCUUGA